UAAACGCUCAAACUAAACUGACAUAUGUGCUACCAGAAGAAGUAGUGCAUACACUGGCUGAAGUAAACAACAUUGUUUACAAAAUGACCAAAGCAAAUAAAACGCCGCAAAAAAGCAGUGAGCCAAAUAUAAAUGCUUCCCUGACACCAGUUCGAUAUUUGGACAGCCAGCGGCUGCGGUCGCCCACAAGUCACGACGCGAAUUUGGCCACCUGCAAAACGAGGUUGGAAACCAUAGUUAAACAACUCCAGGAUAACUACGCCAAAUGGCAGCUGGCCCAACAGCGGGGCACCUCCAUUUGCUAUACUAUCGAGGCCAAGAAGACCAAGUGCCUGGAGAAAAGCCAGGAUGAAGGCAGCUCCACUUACCCGGAUGAUUUACUCUUGCCCUGCAACAAGUUGGCCAUCAUAGCCUCUAUUUUCGGGGAUAUCGCAAAUAAUACAAAGGAGAUUUUAAGACAAUUGAGGGCUAUAUGUAAACUACCAGGAUCUGCAGCGGAGACGAUAUUCUACAGGUCCUGGACGUUGCCACAAUUCGUGGUUUUCGCAAAGGAGCUAUCCGAAAGAUAUGAAGAGGAGGCCCUGGUCAAAAAAGAAGUUGCCGAAAACAUUGCCCACUCGACCGAAAGAAGCCAGCUAAUUGCGUACACAACCUUAUGGGAAUUUCCCGAGCACGUGGAUUCCUAUGUGCAUCUGGGAUUUCUUCUCCUUGCCGAAGAAGUCAGUUUAAGAUAGUAAAUUAAACAACUUUUUAAAUUGUUAAUGCAACACUUUGUUUCUAUCAAAUGUUUAUGUUGGGCAGUAAAACUUCAUUACAGUUUGAGAUUAUGCGAAAGCUUAGCCAAGAAAUACAACUCUAUAAACUUAAAUCCUAUUAGAAAAUGGGAAUGAAACUAUUAAA